AUGAUCACCAAACAAAUGCGUGUAACUACUGCCUACAAGGAUGCAACUAUAACAGCCGGCAUUCUAUGGUGCUGCUGGCAAAGAAUGGAGAAGGCGAACGAUUUGAAGGCACUGGUGGGGGGCGGGGGAGAAAAGGAGGUGGAGGACGUUGAUAAACACGGCAGUCAGAGCUACCGGGAGUCGGUCGAUGCAUAUGAAAUCACUGCUUCCCCCACUACCCAUCAAGACACUGUGGCAGAAGACCAAAACUUGCAGUCCUCUCGAGAAGGGCAAGAUGCUCAAGGAUGUAGCAUGACCCAGACCAUCUUCAAUGGUGUUAACGUGAUGCUGGGAGUUGGAAUUCUGACCACACCUUUCACCAUAAAAGAAGCUGGAUGGGCAAGCUUGCUGGUCUUAACGUGCUUUGCAGCCAUGUGUUGCUACACAGGCAUCCUCAUGGGACGUUGUAUGCGAAACAGAGGAGGCAUUAUCAGCUAUCCAGAUAUAGGCGAAGCUGCCUAUGGAAAAUAUGGGCGCUUCUUGUGCAUCUGCGUGGAAAUUAUCAUCUUGGAAGCUGAUAACCUAAGAAAGUUAUUUCCGGGAUCUUCAAUUGAUUUGGCGGGGAUUCAUGUCGGCUCUGCGCACCUUUUUGGAAUCUUAACUGGCCUAGUCGUCAUUCCCACAGUUUGGUUAAAAGAUCUCCAAGUCUUGUCUUACCUUUCAGCUGGUGGUGUUCUUGCAACAAUUUUAAUAUCCCUUUCAGUGUUUGUUGUGGGUACAACUGGUGGUAUAGGAUUUCACCAAACUGGCUCCUUUAUUAAUUGGAAUGGUCUUCCGUUUGCAAUCGGGGUGUAUGGGUUUUGCUACGCUGGACACACAGUAUUUCCUAAUAUAUAUCAAUCAAUGGCACAGAAAACAAAAUUCAACAUGGCGCUACUUAUUUGCUUCUUUCUGUGCACUGCAAUAUAUGGUCUUGUUGGAGCGAUGGGAUAUCUAAUGUUUGGUCAGAAAACUAGAUCCCAAAUAACCUUGAACUUGCCAACACAUUUUUCUGCUUCAAAAGUUGCAAUCUGGACGACAGUGAUCAAUCCCCUCACUAAAUAUGCCUUACUUCUUAAUCCCUUGGCGAGGGGCUUUGAGAAGUUGCUUCCAGUAGGGAGACAAAAUGGGUUGCUCGUUUGCAUGCUGAUAAGGACAGGACUAGUUAUUUCAACAGUCUCUAUUGCAUUACUUUUACCUUUUUUCGGUCUAUUCAUGGCAUUGUUUGGCUCUCUGCUCUGCUCGCUUACUGCUGUCGUCUUUCCUCCUCUCUGUUUCUUGAAGAUAAAGAAGACGGCAACAUUUGAGAUCGUCCUUUGUAUCACAAUAAUCGGAACAGGCACAGUCUGUGCAGCUCUUGGCACGUACUCUUCUCUGUCUCAGAUCGUGAAGAGCUUCACUUGAUCUCAACGGUUUAUAUCUAA